GCAUCAUAGUUAAGCAAUGAAUGAAUGAAUUGCUUUCACCCCGCGCAAAAGAGGUUUGUUACAUGCCCUGAAGAAAAGCAUAAAACUAACCCAAGAUGGAUGGAAAAUUAAAGAAUCACAAAGAAGUGGCUUGAUCAAAGAGGUGUGAAUGAUGUGAUACAAAUCUGUCGAAUUCCAGCUAGCUCUCUGAUAAUGUUGAGUUCUCAAAACACAUUCAUUUCCAGCUGAGGAAGGGAAGAGUAAUGGCAGAGACUGCGGUGAACUUCGUUAUUGAUCGGUUGGCUGAAGCAUUGCUCCAAGAAGCAACGCUGCUGAGGGGUAUCCGGAAGGAAGUUGGCAGUAUCAAAGAUGAAUUGAGGAGCAUUCAGUCGUUCCUAAAGGAUGCAGAUGCAAGGUCAGAAAAAGAAGAGACCAACGAAAGCAUGAAAGCUUGGUUGACACAACUAAGAGAAGUAGCGUAUCAUAUAGAAGAUGUUAUUGAUGAAUACACGCUUCACAACGCACGCCAGACUUGUGGGCAUGGACCCAUGGGUAUCCUCUAUGAGUCAUUCAUUGGCUGGAUCGUAAGACUGAAACCAUAUCAUGAGAUGGCCAAUGAGAUCAAGCACAUCAAAGAAAAUAUUCAGGGGAUCAAGAGUAGAGGAGAAACUUUCAUCUUCAAUCCUUACAUAAUACAGGGAGGAUCAAGUAACAGGGGAGCAAGGAGUGUAAGAAGGCAUGACUCUCGCCUGACUUCACCUUUUAUUGAGGAAGACGAAGUAGUGGGUAUUGACUCUAUUCGAAAAGAAAUUAUCGGAUUGCUAGUAGAGGGUGAAUCAACACGAAGCACAAUAUCUGUGGUUGGUAUGGGUGGAAUUGGGAAGUCCACUCUUGCCAGGAAAGUUUACGACGCUAACUCAGUGACCGGACAUUUUCAUUACCGUGCUUGGAUUGCUGUUUCUCAAUCGUACAACAUGGAGGAGCUACUGAGGACCAUAUUACAGCAAUUAUACCGAGCAAGGAAGGAGAAUCCUCCAGAAGGAAUUGACAGAAUGGAAGGGACGCUGCUUAUUACUGAGUUGAGCGACUAUUUACGUCCAAAAAGGUAUUUGAUUGUUUUAGAUGAUGUGUGGGCAAUAGACUUUUGGAGAUACUUUCAAAAUGUUUUACCCAAAAAUGACAAAGGAAGCAGGGUAUUAGUCACAACUCGUUAUGCUGAGGUUGCUCGCUUUUGCAAAGAAUCUUCAUUUGGUCAUCUUCGAGAACUGCAGUCUCUGCCAGAAGAUAAGGCCUGGGAGCUUUUCUGCAUGAAGGCAUUCCAGUCCAGGGGGGCUUGUCCCCCAGAAUUGGAAGCACUGUCUAUUGACAUUGUUGGAAGAUGCGAAGGACUGCCACUUGCAAUUGUCGCAAUAGGAGGUCUUUUGUCAACCAAGGACAAGACUCUGUUUGAGUGGCAAAAAUUGCACCGCAGCCUUGGGCGUCAACUGAUAACAAAUCCUCAUCUUAAAAUCAUCCCAAGAAUUCUCUCUCUAAGCUACCAAGAUCUGCCUUACAACCUCAAAUCAUGUUUGUUGUACUGUGGCAUAUUUCCAGAAGAUCAUCCUAUUAGCUGUAAUAAACUAAUUCGACUGUGGAUUGCUGAGGGGUUUGUACAUGCGGACAAGGGUAUAACGCUGGAAGAGAUUGCAGAAGAAUACCUAAUGGAGCUCAUACAUAGAAACUUGGUUCAAGUUUCAGAGGUAAGUUUAGAAGGAAAAGCUAGAAGCUGCCGACUUCAUGAUUUGAUGCAUGAAUUUAUCAUUUCAAAGUCCAAGGAGCUAAGCUUCUAUCAAGUAUUGGCAGGGGAUGACUUGACUUUGGAUGAAAAAUCUCGACAUUUAUCAAUUCUCAGCAUCACAGACGCUGUUCUGCAGAGCAUUAGUAACUAUAGGAUUCGUUCUGUUCUACUAUUUGUGGUCGAUAAACUACCCAAGUCUUUUACAGAUGCGUGCUUUGCAAAUUUCAAGCUUUUGAAAGUACUAGAUUUUGAAAAUGCUCCUUUUGAUUAUCUACCUGAAAAUAUUGGAGAUCUGCUUCAUUUGACAUAUCUGAGCAUGAAAAAUACAAACAUAAAGCUGCUUCCCAAGUCUACGAGCAAGCUGCACAAAUUAGAAACUCUAAAUCUGAAGGGUACUCCAACAUAUAAGCUACCAAGAGGGAUUACAAGGCUCAGGAAGCUGCGACAUCUCCUAGCCUACUUCCUUGAUUAUGAGGUAGAUUAUGGUUUGAAUUCUCUGAGAGGGGUAAACAUACGGGAAGGAAUAGGAAGUUUGAAGGACUUGCAAAAGCUAUGCUUUAUGGAGGCAAAUCAGGGAGUUGCAUUGAUUGAAGAGUUGGUAAGAUUGAAGCAGUUGAGGAGGUUGGGUCUCACAAAACUAUCGAGUGCACAUUGCAGGGCUCUCUGUGCCUCCAUCCAACAGAUGCGCCAACUUGAAUCUUUGAGUUUGCAGUCAAAAAGUGAAGCUGAGAUCCUUGAUCUCCAGGCUAUACCAUCUCCUCCCUUGACCCUAAAACGUGUUUACUUGAAAGGGCCUUUAAAGAAGCUGCCAAACUGGAUACCCAAGCUUCAAAAUCUAGUUAAACUACGGUUAUCUUGGUCGAGACUAAGGGAUGAUCCAAAUCUUCUGGUAGUCCUCCAAGAUUUGCCAAAGUUGCUGGAGUUCGAGCUGCAUGACGCAUAUGACGAAGAACAACUUAAAUUUGGUGAAGGCAGCUUCCAAAAACUUAAAGUGCUGCGACUCCAGCAGUUGAAUGCACUGCAGAAGGUGAUUAUAGACGAAGGAGCAAUGCCCCUCCUUGAAGAGCUAACAAUAGGACCUACCCCAGAACUGAAGGAGGUGCCCUCAGGCAUCCAACACCUGAAAAAUCUGACGAAUCUGACAUUCUUUGAUAUGCCUGAAGAAUUGGCGCUUGGAUUGCAACCAGGCCAGGGCCGAGAUUAUUACAAUAUUCAGCACAUACCAACAGUCCUUUUCACCUACAAGGAAAAUAACAGAUACACAACCUACACUCUUAGGUGAUCCAAGUUUGCCAAAGCAUUUGAGAGAGUAUCCUUCAGCAGCUAAUUAGUUAAGCAAGAGUGCUUCAGCUAGUGCCGCACAGCCCUUCGCAAGGUGUGAAGUGUUCAUCCUGUGACAGUGGUGUGUUGGUUAUGGGCAUUUAAAAGGAGUAAGCUUCUCAGAUGUUCAACAAGACUGGUGAUAUCCGAUGACUUUAUUAUGCAAGCCGUGUCUUUUUUUGUUUGUUUGUUUCUUUUUCUUUCUUAUGCUGUUUUCUGAAUUUUCUUUCAAGCUUGUCCCAGAUUGACAGUUGGGAGAUAUAUUCUUCUCCUUUUUGUAUA